CUUCCGUCGCAGCAGGCCUUUACGACACCGUGGUGACAUACGGUCGUUGCCGUGACGCUCCACCGGUCUGUGGGAAACAUGUGAGACUUGCUUAUUUUGUCUUACUUUCCAAGAGUCUUUUUUUUUAUAUUCGGGAACCAUUCAGAGGUUUACUAUCAUCAUGCACGAACGGUUCCUUCCGGCCUCUCCCAAUUGGUACUGCUCCCGCUGCUGUGAUAUCAGCAGCGGCGGCUUACUCGGCGUCGGAGCCAAAAACUUCAUCUAUUUGAUUGACGUGUCUGCAUCUACCUGCAGUCCUCAAGGUGUUCUCGUGGGCCACAGAGGCUUGGUGUCGGGCGUUUCCUUCUGCCAGGAUGUGACGCAGAGUCACAUCUGUGCCAGCUCCUCCGGCGAUGGCGUCAUCAUCUUCUGGGACACCAAUACUCAAACUCUCUUACGGGAGCAUGCGGCUCAUCAGAGCGCCGUCUCGGCCUUGCACUGGUCCCCCCUGGACAAAAACCUGGUGGUGUCGGGUGACGAGAAAGGAAUCGUGGCUUGUCACUGGUACAACACGGGAGACACGGCCAGCUUCUUCCCCGAAGCCAGAAGCAUCGUCUGCCUCACCUGCUCCCCGCACAACUGGAGCACUGUGGCGGUCGGGUACAAAGACGGCCUGAUUUUACUGAUCGACGUGAGCAAGAAGGGCGAGGUGACGCGUCGGCUGCGCGGCCACGAUGAUGACAUCCACUCUCUGGCGUGGUCGCCGCUUGCCGGCGAGGAUACCCUCAACUGGAGAGCGGAGGCUGGCGACGAUAAUGCUUCGAACGCGGUGAGUGCAGGAGAGGAGAAGGGCUGCUACCUGGCGUCGGGAAGCAAAGACCAGACGGUGAGGAUCUGGAGCGCGUCCACGGGAAAAGGCGUGACCACCUUGAAGCUGCCCUACCUGAAGAGACGAGGCUCCGCAGUCGACCCAACGCUCAAAGAAAGACUUUGGCUCAACAUCCACUGGCCCAAAGCCCGACCCACGCAGCUCGUUUCAAGCUGCUUCAGCGGCGAACUGCUGAUGUGGGACUUGGCCCGGACAGGCAAGCAGAAGUGGAUCCUGUUCGGCUCGUCGUCCGAGGGCCAGAACCACAGCAGGAUCGUGUUCAACACCGCCGCCUUCAUGCUGCCCGACGGCCGCCAGCUGCUCGUCAGCACGUCCUUAGACAGAGAGGUGAAAUGUUGGGACCUGUCUGAGCUGGAGUGCCUGUGGACGCUGCCCACGCUGGGCGGCUUCGUGUACAGCCUCAGCUUCUCGCCCGUGGCCACCGGCUGCCUGGCGCUGGGCGUGGGCGACAGCAUGAUCCGGGUGUGGAACACGCUGUCCGCCCAGAACCGCUACGACGCCCGCUGCUUCUGGCAGGGCGUCAAGUCCAAAGUCACGGCGCUGGCUUGGCACCCAAAACGAGAGGGAACCUUGUCGUUUGGAACUGAAGACGGCAAAGUGGGGAUCUACGAAGUCUUCUCCAGCAAACCGCCUCAGAUUUCGAGCACCUACCACAAAAAGACGGUGUACUCGCUGGCCUGGGGACCGCCGCUCCCUCCGAUGUCAUUUGGCGCGGCGGAGGGCAAGGCGUCUCACAGCCUGUACAGCUGCGCCGGCGAGGGCGUCAUCCUUCAGCACGACCCCACCAAGCUGAGCGGUGACGCAUGCGACAUUGACAAACUCAUCCGGCAGACAAAUAACAUCAAGCACAAGCUAUCUCCUCACACCGACCUCAGCUGGAAGCCGGACGGCAAAGUCGUGGCUAUCGGCAACGAGGACGGGUGCAUCGACGUCUACCAGGCUCCGUCGCUGAAGCUGCUGUGCAGCAUCCAGCAGCACCACAAGGUCAUCAACGUGCUACGAUGGCACCCCGAAGACAACGCGCCCGCGGAGCUGCACGGCCUGCUGGCCUCGGGCUCCUGCAACGCCAUCAUCUACGUCCACGACCUGCGGCAGGUCAUAGAGAAGCCUCCGGAGAGCCCGUUGGUGUUGACAGAGCCGUAUCGCAGAUUGUGCGGCCACACGGCCAAAAUCACCGGCCUGGCUUGGAGUCCGCAUCACAGCGGCAGGCUGGCCAGCGUCUCGUACGACGGAACCGCCCAGGUGUGGGACGUGCAGCAGGAAGCGGCGCUCUCCAACUACCGCGGCCACGCGAGCUCCCUGCUGAGCGUGGACUGGUCCCCCGUGGACCCGGACGUCCUCUGGACCGGAGGGAAGGACUUCACCGUGCAAGAGUGGAGAGUCUCCAAGCAGGAGUUCACCAAGCCGCCCAAAGGGAAGAAGAUGGUGGACCUGAAGGAGAAGGCCAAGCAGAAGAAGAAGAGCAAAAAGGCAUCGGAAGCGGCGUGUCCGGCAGUCAACGGCGAGCACGUGACCGAGGCGGCGGUCGGUAAUGGACAGGAAGCCUCGGAUGAACCCGAACAGGAAGAGGUCCGCUCUGCCAGCAGUCCUGUGCCUCCACCAGCGAUGCAAAGGAAAAGCACAACUGGAGGCAAGAGCAAAGACCAACAAGUGUUUGCAGACUCGAGCGCUCUGAAGAAGAAGAAGUCUCGCUCCAUCCUUCCCCUCAGCACAUCCAUGGACCAUCGGCCCAAAGAGGAUCUGCUCCAGGAUUGUCUCACCCUGGCCUCCAUGACACACGACACUGCGCCUCCGGCAGGCCAGGGCGAGCACCUCCACCUUGGCAAAAGACAUUUAGAGUUUUUUUUGUUGUUGUUUUUUUUAGAAGAGGCUCACGUGGAGAGCGGCCACGUCGAGUCGGCCGUCUACCUCCGGCUGUGGAGCGGCGACCUGGAGGGGGCGCUGCGACUGGCCGCGGACAGAGGAGAGCUGAGUGACCACCUCAUCGCCGUGGCUCCUAUGGCGGGCUACGCGGUGUGGCGCGAUGCCGUGGAGCGCUACGUCAAGCAGCUGUGCCUGCAGGAGCAGCACGUGAAGGCGGCCGCUCACCUUCUGUCCAUCAAUCAAGUGUACCAGGCCGUCCAGUUGUUACACUCGCACAAGCUCUACAGGGAGGCGAUCGCUCUGGCCAAAGCGCGGCUGCCGGCUGAAGAUCCCGUCCUGAAGGAGCUCUACAGCAGCUGGGCCGUCGUUUUGGAGAAAGACGGACAUUUCUCUGCAGCCGCCAAAUGUUACAUCGCGGCGGGUGCCAGCUUCGACGCCGCCAAGGUGAUUGCCCGCAAGAACGACGCGACCUCACUGAGGACGGCGGAGCGGUUGGCCAGCGUGGCGGGCGAGGUCGCUCUAGCCCAGUCGCUGGCGCUGCGCUGCGCCAAAGAUUCGGCGGCGGCGCGGGACUGGGUCGCUGCGCAGGAGGUCCUCGCCUCCCACAAGGGCCUCCUGGUUCACAGGCUUCACCUCAGCGUGACUGAGCUGCUGUGCGCCUCCCUCGCCGACGUCCUCCCCGAGAUGCGCGGCACCGGGCACGCAUGGCCGGCCGAGGGCAGCAUCCUGGAGCGGGCGCGCCAUGUCUGGACGCAACACUUUGGCGUUGACUCGGAAGGCGACCGCGACGACCUCCGCGCUCUGCUUGUGGAGCUCCAGAACAUGGAGAGCCCCGCGCUCACCGCUAGCCUCCCACUCACGCAGGUGCUUUUGGGUUUGUCCCGUCACGUGGCCAGUGGGAUCCUAUCAUGGUUACUCGACGACGGCGGCGGCACGCUGGUGAAGGAGCUGUGGCUGGCGGCAGCAUGGCUCCGGGAGGCCGCCGACUUUCAGGUCUCGGGUGCCCUGCUUCUCAUUCUGGCAGCUGCCUUGACAGAGGUCCAUUGCGACGUGGGUGAAGAAGCCCGGACCGAGGCCGAUACCUUACGGGCGUGGGCCGCCUACCACCGUCUGUACGAGUUGUGGUGGCGACGCACAGCUGAUGAAAUCAUCAGCAACGGGCUCCAUGCCGAAGGAUACCCGGAAGAAGCCAAGACGUCCGGCGAGCUGGACUUUGACGCGUCUUCGCUGCUGUCCGACGCUCACGUCGCGUGGCAGGCCGAGCGGCGGGCGACGGAGGAAGUGCAGCAGCGCCUGGCCGCCAUGGUGGCUCAGCACGGACGCAACAUGGCCGCCAACGGGGAGCAACCUGCCGAGGCUGAACAGCCUGAAGAAGAGGAGACUUUUCUCUCCUUGAGCGCAAAGAUGGCAAAACACCAAACGCAGCUGGCUGACAUUCCUGAAACCGUCAAGUUGUAUCCUCGUCCUGAUGUGGCAGAGUGUUGCCUGGUCCUACUCCACCUCGGCGCCUCCAUUUCCGAAUCCCUGCAGAGGGACGCCAAAGACCUGCUGCGGAAAUACGGAACAUGCCCGAUGCUAAGCAAGGCCUCCCGGCGAUUCUUGAGCUAAGUCGUGGACCCAUUCUACUGUACAGCCAUUUUGUUGAAUUAAAAACAAAAAGUCAGAACGUAUGUCAAAGCUUCCUUUUUGCUAACUUAAAAAAAAAAAAAAAGAAGCAAGCGUAUGUUGAAAAUACAAAACAAUUUAAUGUACAACAAUUUAAAACAAGUCAGAACUUAAAAACAACGGUAACAUCUUCACGCCGACAGUAGUUUGGCCCGGACAAAAAACGGACGCAUGCGUUUAAAACGUUCUCUCUUAACAUCUGGAGAAAAAUUCUAAAACGUUUUUAUUUCUCUUUCAAAAAAAAAAA